AUGUCGAGAGCAGCAACUGCUACUCCCCCACCUCAGACGUAUUUCCCACAGCGGAAUACUACCCCGACUAUGCGUCAUUGCGCUGCACCUACUGUUACUGCUGCUCAUUUCGCCAGUCGAGGAUAUCAACAUCAACCGCAUAAAAGGAAAACUAAAAAUCUACCUCAUUCAGGCAAUACCUCCAACAGCAGCCCUCUCAAGAAAUCUUCUACGCCUGUGGAGAAUGGUGAAGCUCUUGGAUUAUCGUUUGAGGAUCUUGGUGCCACAGCCGUGGAGUACGAUCAACCGCCACAACCGCCUAAAAUCUCGAGGCAGAGCUCGGUAGCGUCGUACUCUUCUUCCGCUUCCAUGGACAGCUUCCAGUCAUCUCGGUCAGAGGUCUUUACUAGUGAACCAUCAGCAUACGAACAGAACAGUGGGCUGGAAACCGGUCGAUCAACACCGACGAACGCAUCAAUAUCAAGCUCGGUAUCUCGAGCGCCUACUCAACUCUUGACACCGGUCGCUUCGGAAGCAUCAUUCCCUAUUGCCCAUGCCCCUCAGGAACAACAGGAUGUCGCCGCCCAACAAGCUGCUCGAGGAUCAUGGAUGGGCAAAAUGGCCAUGGCCGUCGUCAAUACUGGUAUGAGCAUGGGUAUUCCUUUCGGUCAACACGUCAAAAAAGAAUCCGCUGUCACCCCACCAAAAUCAGUUGAACCAGUUGUUGAAACCGCUCCGACACCUGCUCCCAUCGCUGCCCCAUCUGGAUACAGUAUCCCAAAACCAUCAAUCGAAGAGCUCUCAACCCUUUCGCCUGAACAGCGAUUGGUGAGGCAAAGGGAAUGGGCUGAGGCUGAGAACCGCAAAGUCACUGAAUGCGCUCGAUUGUGCUCCCAGUGGCCUCAAAGCGGGUAUAACAUGUCGAAGCAUGGUCCUAAUGGCCUGAACUGCUACUACCAGCCUCAAUCGUUUGCCAAUCCUCAACAUGUCGCUGGGGUCAUGCAGCGUCAAGCUGAACUCGAACGAUACUUGGCCAUCAAUUCGAUGAUGUUCUUCUCCUGCCAACGAGAAAGGGAUUCGCAUCGAGAUUCCAGCUCGGACGAUGAUAAUGACACCGAUCCGUCUUCUUACGAAUCUUCUCAGCCCUCACCAUCGACUUCGAUGUCUCUUUCUGUUGAUGACGCUAUGGCCAAACAGGAGGCAGAUAUCCGAGCUGCCAUGGCCUCGCCGAUCAUCUCCAUUGCCAACCUACCCAACGGAGCUCAAAUUCCUGCGCCACUCUUGCUUUCACCCAAAUCAGUCAAGGGUGCUAGGAGUCUCCCCGAAUUGGACAUAUUGGCUCAGUCAAUGGUCUUGUCGAAAGAUGAUCUCGCUGAAUCCGCCAUGGAUAUCGACCAAUCUGAAUCUGGCUCUUUGGCUGGCUCGACUGAUCUUAGUGAAUCUGGUUCAUCGUUCAGUCGACCCUCUAGAGCUCAGUCAUGUGGAGCCAAGCGACCUUCCACUGCCGAAGGCUUUGAAGAGGAAAAGCGAAGGAAAGUAGAUGAAGCUAUGGUAGUUGAAGAAGCUGUCGAGACCGGAGUGAUUGCUCCACCGCCUUCCGUCAAGUCUUCUUCUAACAAUAGGAUGUCGUCUUCUGUUCCUGAUCUAAACAAAGCUAAAGCUGCCGCCGCCGCUGCUCAAGCUCCUCCGGCUGUAUUUGGCGUAGUAGUCAAAACAUCUGAUACACACCCAAUCAUCAUUUCCCCAUUCUUCCCUUCGGAUCUCUUACCGAUCUUGACCAAACAUAUGGUCAUGCCUCCUCCAACGGGACCGUUUUCCCAAACUCCCCUGUUACUAGCAUCGAAUAUCGACGUGCCAUCGUUAUUGUUGUCUUACGUCCCACCUACGCCUAAUCCAGCUAUCAUACCUAGUCCCAUCCAUAAUUACUUCGGUCAACAACAGACCGAUCGCAAAGUCGUUGGCAACUUGUUGUUAAGCAGUUGCCCGGGUAAACGACUGAGGCUGGACGGACCUAGUAGAGGUAGAGGACCGGUUUGUAGGGAUUUGGCUACGGAUCUCAGGAGGAUCAAGUCGGAAGGUGUGGGUUGUCUUGUUUGCUGUUUGGAUGAUCCUGAACUUGCUUUGCUCGGUGUACCAUGGGAGACUUACCGUGAGAUCGCCAAUGAGAUUGGUCUCGAUGUGAUCCGAUUACCUAUGCCUGAUGGAUUCACACCUGUGAACAUCGGAUUAUUUGAUUCUCAAAUCACUUUGAUCGCUACCAAAUAUUCUCUCCAGGGUGUCAACGUCUUGGUCCAUUGUCGAGGCGGAGUAGGCAGAGCCGGUUUAACAGCUUGUGCAUGGGCAAUCAAAAUGGGUUUCGUCCAACCUCAUCCAUCGCUUUUGUUGGUUGAAUCUGCCUCUUCACAAAAAAACAAGAACGAACCAUUACCUGCGGAAUUGGAACAUCAAAUUGUGAUGAGUAUAGUGGAGAGGGUGAUAGCUAUGAUCAGAUCCAGGAGGGGAUUGAAAGCUAUUGAGAGUUUUGAACAGGUUCAAUUCUUGGCUAGGUACGUUGGAUGGUUGAGGAAGGAGGUCAGGGGAUGUUAA